CUGGGCGUCCUGCCGCCGCUCGGGCGCGCUCGGCAGUCGGUGUUUGGGGCUCGGCGCGUGCGGUCGCUCGGUCUCCUCUCCCGGGCGGCUGUCACGGUCGGCCCCUUCCCGGAGCGGGACGGGGCGCGCGUGCGAGUGUGUGUGAGAAGGGGACCCCGGGCAGAGGUGUCCCCUCACUGCUGUGGUUUUUUAUCCUUUUAUCCGCCCGCAGUUCUCACUGGGGAGCGGGGUCGCUGGGCGAGCGCUUCGUGUUUUUCUUUUGAAAUACUCUUUUCUUCCUGCUGCUGCUGCUGCUGCGGCCGCCAGGGUUGUUGGCUCCCGGUCCCAAGUAACCGCCCUCGCCCCUCGGCCUUCCCUGCCCCGGCCCCCCGGCCCCCGUCCCGGCCCCGCACCUGCCUCAUUAUGAACGGGCUCGGCGACCUGCCCGUUUUCAUAAAAGACAUUAAGCCCGGACGGAAAAACUUAAAUGUCGUCUUUAUUGUGCUGGAGAUAGGACGCGUGACCAAAACCAAAGACGGCCAUGAAGUGAGAUCGUGCAAAGUGGCAGAUAAGACGGGCAGCAUCACUAUUUCCGUGUGGGACGAGAUCGGAGGCCUUAUACAGCCCGGGGACAUUAUUCGGUUGACCCGAGGGUACGCGUCCAUGUGGAAAGGAUGCCUGACACUUUAUACUGGAAGAGGUGGUGAACUUCAGAAAAUUGGGGAAUUUUGUAUGGUUUAUUCAGAAGUGCCCAAUUUCAGUGAACCCAACCCAGAUUAUCGAGGACAGCCGAACAAAGGGGCCCACAAUCAACAGAAGGCGAAUUCCAUGAAUUGUAAUACUGGUGCAGGUACCUUUGGACCAGUGGUCAAUGGCGUUCAAACUGGCCCUGAAUCAAGGAGAUACCAGCUUUCAUAUGCUGGUAGAAGCAAUGGCCGGGGACCUGUCAGUCCACAACUACCAGCAACAACUAACAAUCAGACAGCCAUGACCACAAUAAGUAGUGGCAGGGACCCUCGGAGAGCCUUUAAGAGAUGACCUAUGCCAAACGGUCACGUGUAGUUUUUAAACUACAUGCCCUACUUGAACACUUAUUGCACUUUUAUUUAUUGUUAACUGUGAAGAAGUGUGUUCUGUAUUGGUUUCCUUUUACAUUUUUGUUCAAGAGUGGUUGGUUUUUAUAGCAGGUAUUAAGCAGCUCAGUCUCCUAGUAAAGAAUGGGAACACUCUGAAAAGUAGGGGCAUUUAUUUUUUGAGCAAAAUGUUACUGAAUAUCCUCUAUAAAAGUCCACCCAUUUCAAGGGUGAGUUACUUAAGAUGUCAGCUUUAUAGCCUCUAUGAGUCUGUAUUCUCUGUAAGUUUUGUAAUAUUUGACAUUAGACUUAGUAGAGAUGUUCUUAUGUUUUAAGUCCAGAUAUUGCCAACUAAAGCAAUAACCGCCGGAAAAUAGAAACAAAAACUAGAAACCAGAAACUCGGUCAAUGCUAGUUCCUGAGUGUUUGUGACUCCAGGUGUGACUGACUGUAGUGAGUGAUUGCCGUUGAAAUUUUCCAAGGACUGAGUCAUCCUAAAUUCUUAUUACCAAAAAACAGGGUGUUUAUCAGAAUUAUGGAAUAGAAUGUGAUCUGUACUAUAACAAACAAUUUUUAGAAGAAAGCCACAGCUUAAUGUUCAUUAACAUUAUAGAUUACAUUGAAGGGAAAUUACACAUUGAGGCCUUGAAUAUUUUGGAGACUACCAUGUUAAAGUAUAAUUUGAGAAUGCUAUAAGUCACAGUAAACACUGAUCUAGUUAUUCUAAAAAAUAAUUGUGGUAGAUAAACAUUAUAAUGAAGGUGAUUCAAAUUGAAUUCAUGCGGUAAUUAAUACUCAGUCUGAAGUCACAAACCACAGGUACUCACAGGUACUUGCCUGCAGUGGAACCUUGGCACCUCCUCCGAGCGGGGCGUGCGUGUGCUGUUUUCUGAACACAGUUUGAUAGCCUUAUUUAGCAAAAGUUAAAUGACUCAAAUGAUGACAGCUUUAUUCAGAGAUGUUAAGUUGGAAUUUAUGUGUCAUAAAUGGUGUGCACUUCUUUUUACUGAAGGGUGGACAACGCGUACAGUUUUCCUUUGUUAGAAUUCCCCUCUUUUUAAAUAUUUCUUGAAUAAAACUUGCAUUCAUGUUAACAGAUCUCCCUAA